AUGAUUGGCGCCGCUGAAAUACAGGCGAGAUUCGACUUGGUCAUGAUGACCUUCAACGGGGGAAUGGAACGUUCGAGGGCACAGUGGAAGAAGCUCCUUGAAGACGCAGGCUUCAUUAAUAUCAAGCUCUGGGAGCACUUCGACCACGACGGUAUCAUCGAAGCUGAGAUAGGUCCUGAUACGGAGCUAUGA